UUUUUCAAAUUUAAAAUGUCGCAGGAGGCUAUAACCUAUCAGUUCCCGAGCGGUGCCGGCGAGGUGGCAUUGUGCGUGGAGCGAUUGAUAAAGGAAACCAACGAGGACUUGAAAAAUUUUCGCGUGGAGCAAUCCGACCUGCGAUCGCUAAUUAGCGCUGUAUUAAAUGAGAAUCGUCACUUGACCGGCGAACUGGGCAAAUUUAAAAAAGUAAUGUGUUCCAAAAGCAGUGAGAAUAUACAUGAAAGACUACAUUUUGCUAACGAUGCGUUGGUCAAAGCCAUGGCUCAAAUUGAGGCACUAAAACAGGAGCAACGUAGUCUGCAGACAUUGCAGGAGUGCUCACAGCGCACCAUUAAGAGCAUGGAGGUCGAAUUAAACACUUAUCGUGCCCAGCUGCCACAAGGAGGCAAUGAUCAGAUGGCGCAAAAGUAUAAUAAAGCUGUUAGAAUGCUAGAAGCCAGGUUGAGUGAGCAACAGGAGGAAAUUCGUACACAGGCGAAUCUUAUCAAAGCUCUGCAUGAGCAUAAGCAACGCUGUGGUGAGCAGAUCGACCAGUUGCGAUCUCAGUUAAAGGAACGCCACCAUGAUGCAGCCACUCGAGAAGAAGAACACGCUAAGCUAGCCAGUUUACAUAAACAACUCAAGGAAUUUGAGAAAUCCUUGAUGAAAACUCGAGCCCUGCUUGAUGAGAGUAAGAAGCGUGAGGUAGAGGCUAUGCGCAAGGUGCACGAUGCGCUCAGUGUUAGCGAAGCAGCUGUCCGUGAAAAGGAGGAUGCUGAAAAACUUGCUGAAUCGUACAAGGAGGAAGCUAGCCAUCUGGCAUUUAACAUCGGCAGCAUCAUGGAUGAGGCGGCUAACCGUGUGGACAGUGAAGUCGCUCAACUUAGGACAAAAUUGGCAGAGAAGGACAAAACUAUAACAUCGCUGCGUGAAAAGCUUAAAAAUGAAGCCAUGGAAUACAAGAGAGCAACGCAAGCCCUGGAAUGUCGGAUCGAGCGUAUUACCCUCAAAUAUAAAGAAGCUCUCAAUCAGAACGCAAAACUUGAGAAGCAAGUGGAGUCUUGCAACAAGCGUCUAAUAGAACUGGAGGAGUCUGCCUUUAAUGAUGAAACGCAUCACUUACAACACAAAAAGGAUUACGAGUCCAAAAUGGAGACCUAUCUGAAUUCAUAUAAGGAAUUGAAAGCGCAUUACAAGGAGCUUUUACAGGAUCUUACAAAGAAAUUCGAGGGCGCAUUCGAAAGUCUACACAAGGAAAAGUGUGAGCUGCAGGCCGAAAACGAGAUGUUAAGGAACGGCGCUGCAGGAGACGGCAUGGGAAAGAUAUUGUAGCAUGUAUAUACAAUAAUAUAUUUUAUAGUAGAUUGUUAAAUAGUUUUAUAUAAAUUUGUCUACAAGCAA